UUGGCAAUGCAUGCAUUUGCCUAUAUUUUUUAUUAAAACAAAAUUUCACGUUCGCGCCAUUUUGAAUUCGAGAAAAAGACGACACAUUUCCAAUUUUAAAUAUUUUUUUUCAUAAAUAAAAUUGUCAAUUUGAAUUUUUUUCUUUAUGUAAAUUUGUGCUAUGUGAUUGUGAUUUGCUUGCCGUCUCAUUCGCUGUGGAUAUGUUAAUUGGAAAGAGACAGAAGAUGCGAAAGUGAAUUUGUGACGUUUUAAGUGACUAAAAAGGGGUUAUGAUGAAGGAAACAUUCAAAUUCAAAACCGAAUUUUAUUUACCAUGACACUUAGAUUAUACCUGUUCACCUUCCUGGUAACAACUGUGUUAACAUUUGACAGACCAGAAAAAUGUCUCACGGGGUACAUGACAGACGUACAAUCUUGGGUCGACGCCGAUGGCGAUCUGACGUCUUACGUCAAACAAGAUGAAGCAAUAGACCUAUCCAAAAAAUUGGACCCUAUUCGUACGCUGAUAAUGAACUUUGAGAACCACAUAAUUAAUGCACAGAAAUAUGACAUUAAGUAUCUAAGUCUGGCUAAAUGCAAGCUAGAACGGGUGCCAAAGAUCUUUCAUUUCAAAAGUUUAAAAGGAGAACUCUCCGAAACGUUGCAGUAUCUCACUCUGUAUGGGAACAACUUUGUGGACAUCAGCGCGACAGGGGACGACUACCAAAUGUCUAUCAACGCCACCCAGAGGAGAGAGGUGGACAGUGUCAACCACUUUCUGGAUGAUCGCAGCAUAUGGACUCUCGGCUUCGAAAACAUCACAUUUGCUAAUUUAAAGGAACUGGAUCUUCGAGCUUGUGGCAUUCAAACUAUAGGGAGACACGUAUUCAAGGGCAUGAGAAACUUGCAAGCAUUAUAUUUAGGCGAAAAUUGUAUAUACGAAAUAGGUAGCAGUGACUUUUAUAAGCUCACAAAUCUGGUGCAUUUAGAUUUGAGCAGAAAUUCUAAGUUCAAGAAUCAGGAACCAAAUCCUUUGCUCAUAAGAGAAGGAGCGUUCAAAAAAAUCAUAAAUUUGCGUGUUCUAGAUAUGUCAUUUACUAUGUUACAUCCAAGGAGUGUCGCGGCUGUUUCCAAUUUAGGUCCAAAUUUACAGACUUUAUCAUUAUGUUGGUCUUCAUUACCAAGAAUUUCAGACGGUUUUUACAAAGACACAUCAAUAAGGCAGCUAGAUCUGUCAGGGAACUUUGAAGUACUGGAUAAUAUUACAUCUUUUAGAGGACUUGAAAAUUCUUUACAAGUAUUAUAUGCCGAGGGCGUCAAGUUGAAAAAUUUUGAUAUUUUCAAUAAUUUAAGAAAACUGAAGAUAUUAAAAUUGACUAUGAAUGAAAUUGUUGCAAUAAAGCGAGAAGUAGCUUUGACGCUGACAGAUUUGCAAGUAUUAGAUUUGGACAAAAACAGGUUCGCAACUUGGUUGUACCCAACAUUUUUUGGAAUGCGCUCGCUUCGAUUCUUGUCAUUGAGAGAAAAUAACAUAAACGUUGUGUCUUUAGAGAUGAUGAAUGAUAUCAGAGACAUAUCCUACAUUGCUUUUUCAGGGAAUUUGAUUAUCUGCAACUGUCAUACAAGAGAGCUGGUAGAUGCAGCUGCAAUUAAUGAAAGGUGUCAACAAUCUGAACUAUUAGCUUUAAAUGGCAACGGAACAAAUGAAGAAUUCAAUAUGGCAGUAACAGAAUAUAAUAACAGAAUUAUGGAUAGAAUGAAUAUUUCGUAUCUAAGCAAUAGUAUAGACAAUUGUAAUAAAAAAGUUGAUAUGCAAAAAAGAAGUAAAUUUUUAUUACUUGAUUAUGAAAAGGAGAAAUAUUCUUGUAUGCAAGCGUUUGAGAGUAAAUCAAUUCCAUUUAUUGAAGUGAAAAAUUGUUUAGCAAAAUCCGAAUCAUACGGCAUCGAGCAAGGGUUUCAAAAGGGGGUAAAUCUUUUACUUUUGUUGAUAAUGCCCGGGAUCGUGUUACCUGUUCUAUUAGUUAUAUUCAUGUUUAGAAGGAGGAUUAGGUAUUUUUUCGUGACUAUGAAGAAUUCAGCGACUCUUAGUCUCAUUUCGAACAAUGAAGUUAUGGACGACGCAAAGAUCUACAACUAUGAUGUGUUCGUGUCGUACUGCCACGAGGACCGCGCGUGGAUGCUCGACCAUCUCCUGCCGCACCUGGAGACCGACUGCAGCGUCAGCGUGUGUCUGCACGAGAGGGACUUUCAGGUGGGCCUCUCGAUCCUGGAGAAUAUAGUUUCAUGUAUGGACCGCUCUCGGACCAUCAUGUUGAUCAUCUCUAGGCAAUUCCUCAUGAGCCAGUGGUGUCAGUUCGAGAUGCAUUUGGCUCAGCACCGACUCCUCGAGACUAGACGGGAAGAUCUGACCCUAAUUCUCUUAGAGGAGAUCCCGAGGCGACUCCGGCCCAACACGCUGCACUACCUGAUGCUAACAAAGACCUACAUCGUGUGGCCCCGGGCCGAGGCGGAGCAGGCCGUCUUCUGGCGGAGGCUGAACAAGAGCGUCGUCACUCAGAAGAAUAAGCUACACGACAAUGUGACAUUAGCUUGAUAGGAAUAAUGAUAGUUGUCGGAGAAUGAUCAAAAUUAUGAUGGAGUACUCCAGAUUAUAGCAGAUAUAGUACUAGAAUACACUUUGGAAAGAUAGACAUUUUAAAACCUUCAAAAUCCUUGUAAUUAGAAUAAGAAAUAUGGCUGUGUAACAAACAAACACAUUAGUUCUCGAUGUUGAAGAAGCUUGUCCAUCACAAAUGCUUGUAAAUCAUAUAAUAGAUACCGAAAUGACUUAAAAAGAUUGCUAAGAUAGCCGACUAUUAAAGUUUACUAUCCUCGUAAUAGCAUCAAAAAUGAAAAAAUAUGCGAAAGUUAGUUUAUUUGAUUGUUUGUUACCUCUUGAACCUUUAUCUGCUGGAUCAAUCAAACCAAUCUUCUUGAUAUUUUGCAUAUAUGUACUAAGUUUGUAGUGCGGAGAAUGACAUAGAUAGGGCACCUUUCAUCCCGGAAAAAUAAAUGGAAAAGUGCUUUAAAAUUGAAAAUUCUUUUAUUAUAUUUCUUGACAGACUAUAGGUAUUUAGUUAAAUUAUAAAAUGUACAAAAAAUGUAUGAUGUGAAUAUAAAUCUUGUGCUGGUAUGAAGCCUGGUGCUUUACACACUUCUUAAAUGUUGUUAAAUUCAUAGUUAUAAGUAUCUGACGAUCUGUUUCACCGCUUGCUGAUAAAGUAUUUGAUAGCCUACCGAUAUCGAUCAGCGUUAAAAAUUGUAGUUCAUAAGUGUUCGAUGUGAUGUGUUGUGAACUGGCCAAUCACAUCAGGCAGAUUAAUGUAGUAGAUUAGUUUCUCUGUCAGAUUACAAUAUGAUAUUUUAUCAGAAAGUGGCGAAUCAGACCUAGAAUUUGUUGUGCCAGCUCCACACUAUCGGCGAACAGGUGCCGACGCGAGGUAACGUGCAUAGCUUGCAUGUGAGCUCAUUUUUACCGCGAGGAAAUACCAGCAAUGUACGUCAAAACCGCGACACAUUUGUCGAACUGUUCGCCGAUAGUGUGGAACCGGCGUAAAACAUAAUAAUUAAAGAUUUACCUCGUAAACUUA